GCGUGCCCGUCUGUUUUAAAGGGGUGUGUGCGCAUGCCAGAUACACCAGGAAAUAUGGCGGCGCUUAUGACUUUAAGUCAGCUAUCAAGUGGAAAUGUAGCCUAUGACAGCUACUACAGACAGUUGGAUCCUGCAAACACAGGCAAAAUAUCAGCAGGCGAUGCAGCACAGUUCCUGAAGAAAUCGGGGCUCUCGGACAGUACAUUGGGGAAGAUUUGGGAUUUGGCGGAUUCAGACAGAAAAGGCUAUUUGGAUAAGCGGGGAUUCUUCAUAGCUUUGAGACUGGUGGCUUCAGCACAGGGUGGAAAUGAUAUUAGCCUUAACAACCUCAACCAAACAUUACCUGCACCCAAAUUUAGAGACACAAGCAGCCCAUUAUUAACUAUUUCUACAUCAUUGACAGACACGCAGUGGGCAGUAAGGGCUGAUGAAAAGGGGAAAUUUGAGUGCAUUUUUGAGAGUCUUUCCCCUGUAAACGGUCUUCUUUCUGGCGAUAAAGUCAAGCCGGUGCUCAUAAACUCGAAGCUUCCUCUGGAUGUCUUAGGAAAGAUUUGGGACCUAAGUGACGUAGACAAAGAUGGACACUUGGACAAAGAUGAAUUCACAGUGGCCAUGCAUCUGGUGUAUCGGGCCAUGGAAAAGGAACCUGUCCCCACUACCUUACCCCUUUCCCUCAUCCCUCCUUCCAAAAAGAAAAAGACUGCAGGUGCACUGCCGGGUGCUGUGGCUGUCCUGCCUGCUCUGUCCGGGCUAACGUCUGGCUCUGGCUCUCUCAAAGACUCUUUGCGAUCUGUUCCCUCUUUGAGCAGCCCAACUCCUCUGAGUGCUGGUCCUAGCAGUCUCUCUCCAAAACACUCCUUUAAGUCCAGCUCACAGCCUCCGGUGAACUGGGUGGUCCCAGUAGCUGACAGGGAACAAUAUAAAGAACUCUUCCACACAACCGACACUGACAAUGACGGCUUUGUCAGUGGCUCAGAAGUUAUUGAGAUCUUCAUGCAGUCCACUCUCUCACAGACCAUGUUGGCGCAAAUAUGGGGACUGGCUGACACUAAACAGAUGGGCAAACUGAACAUUGAGCAGUUCUCGCUGGCCAUGCAUCUGAUCAACCAGAAGAUUAAUAAAGGCCUGGACCCUCCUUCUAGUCUUACUCCGGACAUGAUACCACCCUCAGAAAGGUCUUCGUCGUCCACCGCUGACCUUAGCUUUGUGGGGCUUAUGUCAACUAUGAGACCUGAGCUUGCUGCCCUAAAUAAUACGCGCAGAGAUAGCACCGGUUCGAUGGAUCUGACCGGCAUUAAAGAGCUGGAUGACUUGAGCAAGGAAAUAGCUCAGUUGCAGAGAGAAAAAUUUAUCUUGGAACAUGAAAUCAGGGAGAAGGAGGAUACCAUCAGACAGCAAAACAGUGAUGUUCAGGACAUGCAGAAUGAUUUAGACAGGGAGAGCAGCAACCUGCAGGACCUGGAGUCUCAGAAACAAGAUGCCCAGGAGCGUCUUGAGGAGAUGGACCAGCAGCGCUCCAAGCUGGAGGGAAUGCUCAAUGACGUAAAACAGAAGUGCCAGGAAGAAUCCCAAAUGAUCUCAUCCCUUCAGAACCAGAUCCGUUCUCAGGAGGCUGAUCUCCAGAGCCAGGAAGAUGAAAUGAGCCGUACCAAAGCAGACCUAAGCCGUCUGCAGGACGAGGAGGCCCAGUUGGAGCAGAGUCUGCUAUCUGGUCGAGUCCAGCUGGACAGUAUCAUUAAGUCACUCAAAACCACCCAGGAAGAGAUCAGCCAGGCUCGCAGUAAACUGUCACUGAUCCAGGACAGUCAAAAGGAGUUGACAAAGACCAUCGAGGAGUACAACAGUGCUUUGAAAGAUAUUAAUGGAGGAAACUUCACCAACCUUCCAGACAUUAGCGAAGGGUUUGCUGAGAAAGAGAACGGCGGUUUCAGAAGUGUGGACGACUCUUUCAAGUCGAGGAUUGCCAUGUUCAACAACAGUACUAAGGCUGUGCCAGCAGACCCCUUCCAGACAGAGGACCCCUUCAAAUCGGAUGUCUUUAACGAUCCAUUUGGAGAUCCCUUCAAGGAAAGUGAUCCCUUCAAAGGCACCACAUCUGAAGAUUUUUUUAAGAGAUCAGACAAGUCAGAUCUGUUUGGAUCCUCAGACCCCUUCAGCAGAAAACCGACACCACCAGUUAAGCCAAGUUCUUUAAGCAGUGCCGACCUCUUCACAACAAACAGUCCAAAGCCAAAGGAUUCAGUGGACCCCUUUGGAAGCAAGGGCGCAUUUGGCGGCUUUAAUCCACUGACAAAGAAGUCUGAGAACACUGUGCUCCCAUCAAAGAAAAACGUGCCAAGCCGCCCUGCACCACCUCCGUACGGUUUGUUCGCUUUGAAUCUGUCUGACCCGUUCCACAGCGUUUGCUCCACGUCAGACCAUAAAGAUCCUUUUGUAGCGACACAAUCGAGUAAAGCCUCCAAAGUCUACCCUGUGGGUUUUCCCACUUUUGGAAGUGAGAGCCAGCAGCUGGAGUGGGCCAAGCGGGAGAGUGAACGCGAGGAGGAGGAGAGGUUGAAGAGGCUGCGGCUCCAGGAGCAGGAAGACCUGGAGCUGGCCAUCGCUCUCAGCAGGGCCGACAUGUCCAACACCUGACCGCGCCUUUGCUAAUCUACAGCCCAGCUUGCAGUUCUCCACAGGCUCACCACAACCUCACCCACACUAGUUCAGUGGCUCUGUUACAAAAUGUGUUACAAAUAAUCAGCGGACUAAUCAACUCACUCCACAGUUAACUACUUGUUAAAGGUUAAACGCUCCCCAGCGACAGGUCGGGGGCAGCGAGCUGCUCGAUUGAAGUCUUGCUUUAUCUUCCACAUGAUGAUUUGAUGCAACCCCGGUCAGAUGAGGUACUUGAUAUCGUCAUGGAUCCCGUUCCGUUUUUUGGCGCUCUUUUCCGUCAUCCCACUCCAGAACAUUUUAAGGAUAUUUUACUCUUAUUUAUAUACAAAUGCAUUUACUCUGUGGCUUAUACAGAACUUGUGUAAAUGCACUGUAAAAAAAAAUUAUUUUUUAUUCUUUAACUUUACAGAAUCAUUUUGACAGAAACAUGCGAGAUCGUUACUUUGUUUUUAACAAAGGUCUUCAUGUACCGUAAAAAUACUGUUUUUUACUUUACAUCUCUUUAACUCCCUGCGACAGACUGGCGUCCUGUCCAAGGUGUGCCCCCCCCCCCCCCCCCCCCACACACACACACACACCCUGUGACCGCUGGGAUUGGUCCAGCCCCCCUGUGAGCUUUAAAUGGAGUAAACGGUUGAAGAUGAGUGAGUGAGUGAUCUCUUUACCCAACAAACUAUCUCAUGGCUGCACGAGCACCUAAUGAUUAAUUCAUUUAUGACUGUGUAUCAUUUAUGGACCUUAAACUAAUAGAAUUCACAGUUGUGUCUGUAAGUAUUUGGACAGUGCUGCGGUUUUGGCUUUUUGCCUGUGUGCACUGUUUCGGUGGCAUUUAACUGAAACAGUCGAUGUCCCUGCAGUCCAGACUUUCACCUUUAAUUCAGUAGGUUUAACAAAAAUUUAGGAAUUACCACUACUUGAAUAUAUAGUCCCCCUAUUUUCAGAACCCAUAAUUUAUCCAAAUUGGACAACUUAGAAGUUAUUUUUGAUACAACUCUAUUAAAUACAUGAACAUUUCCACGUCAGAGACUCUGUCUUGGACUUCACUUACAUCGAUUAAGAAAGGCAAACAGCAUGGUACUGUAUAGUAAACUGGUCUGCAGUAAGAAGUUCUCACAAACUGGAGUGACCACGCAAGAAGGAGACUAGUGAGGGAAGCCACUGAGACACCCAGAUGACUCUGAAGAAGUUUUGGGUGUCUGGAUAUGAUUGGACAAACUGGCAGCAGUGCAACUUUUGUCUGUUGCUACAUGGUCAGAAGAAACUGAAGAAUCUUCAUUCAAGAACAUUGGUCAGAUCCAGGUCUGUGUGUCCCAUAUUCCUUCUGACAGACUUAUCUGGAAUUUCGCAUCUUUAAGAAUAUUCUUUUUGGUGCCUAUCUACCAUGAAGCUGAAUAUGUGGUGAUGCAAAUGGUGCACCAUCCUCAGUUUUUGUGAUCAUAGCCACAGAUGUUUAUAAUAAAUUUGGACUUGUCUAGAUGGAUGGCUUCCCUCACUCACGGAUUUGUCCACUCUUUCAGUUUUUGAGAGCCGGUUCCUCAGCGUAGUUUUACCUCACAGCACCACACUUCUUGGUUCUUAGUGGUUGAUGUAAAUGAAAUUUAAACCUAUUCAGUGACUUUGAAAUGUUUAUGUCCAAAUCCUGGCGAGUCUAAAAUAAACUGGCUUGUAUAUGUGGUGACU